AAAAGGGUGUCAGAUAUUAGAAAAGCAUUUUAUAUUUCGUAAAAUUGUGCGUACAGGCAACAAUUAUUCCCAGUGUCCAUAGAAAGUGGAACGCGAUAAAGUGCUUCGUUCAGCUGAAGAUUUUGACACACUCAUUUCAGUGCGUAGCCGACAGAGACAAGAAUAAAACAUGGCUGCCAGCACGAGCGGUGAUAAAGCUGCGGAUGAUUCAUUGUAUCCCAUUGCUGUUUUGAUUGAUGAAUUGAAGAACGAGGAUAUUCAGCUGCGUCUGAACUCGAUCAAGAAGUUAUCGACAAUUGCGCUCGCCUUGGGGGAAGAGCGUACCCGGAACGAACUGAUCCCCUUCCUGACGGAGUCGAUCUACGACGAGGAUGAGGUCCUGCUCGCGCUGGCCGAACAAUUGGGAAACUUCAUUCCCCUGGUUGGUGGUCCCGAGUACGCAAUGUACUUAAUUCCACCACUAGAAUCGCUGGCCACUGUAGAGGAGACGGUUGUGCGUGAGAAAGCCGUCGAAUCGCUUCGCACCGUUGCCGGACAGCACAGUGCGCAAGAUUUGGAGGUUCAUCUUGUGCCGACCCUGCAGCGUCUGGUGUCAGGAGAUUGGUUCACUUCCCGCACGUCGGCUUGCGGACUGUUUUCCGUAUGCUAUCCCCGGGUAUCGGCAGCCGUGAAAUCGGAAUUGCGCGUCAAUUUCCGUACGCUUUGCCAGGAUGAGACACCAAUGGUGCGUCGUGCCGCCGCUGGCAAGCUCGGGGAGUUUGCCAAGGUCGUUGAACUGGAGUACCUAAAGUCCGAUCUGAUCCCCACGUUCGUUCAGAUGGCACAAGACGAACAGGACUCCGUGCGGCUGUUGGCCGUAGAAGCGUGCGUGAGCAUCGCCCAACUACUGCCACAGGAUGAAGUUGAGCUUAAUGUAAUGCCAACACUCCGUCAAUGUGUGAACGACAAUUCCUGGCGCGUACGGUACAUGGUAUCUGAAAAACUGACCGACCUGCAGAAAGCCGUGGGACAUGAGAUCACCAGAAAUGACCUUGUGUCUGCCUUCCAGUUCCUAUUAAAGGAUAGCGAAGCAGAGGUACGUGCGUCGGCAUCGGCCAAGGUAACCGAAUUCUGUGCGAAUUUGGACAAAGCCUACCAGGAGCAUAUCAUCAUGACAAUGGUUCUGCCCUGCGUGAAGGAGCUGGUCGGUGACACUAACCAACACGUCAAGUCGGCCCUCGCCUCGGUGAUUAUGGGUCUAAGUCCUAUCGUUGGACGGAAUAACACCAUCGAGCAUUUGUUGCCGUUAUUCCUAGUCCAGUUGAAGGAUGAAUGGCCCGAGGUGCGAUUGAACAUUAUCUCGACAUUGGAUUGCAUCAACGAUGUCAUCGGUAUUCAGCAAUUGUCCCAGUCACUGUUGCCAGCCAUCGUUGAAUUGGCUGAAGAUAGCAAAUGGCGUGUGCGUUUGGCUAUCAUCGAGUAUAUGCCGUUGUUGGCAGGGCAACUAGGACAGGAAUUUUUCAACCAGAAGCUGCGUGAUCUAUGUUUCAACUGGUUGAAUGAUCAUGUGUAUGCGAUCCGUGAGGCAGCCACCCUGAACAUGAAAAAGAUUGUGCAGACAUUUGGAACCCAGUGGGCGGAAACGAACAUCAUCAAUCAGAUAUUGGUUAUGUGCAAAAAUAGCAACUAUUUGCAUCGAAUGACCUGUCUGUUCUGCAUCAACGCCCUGGCCGAUGUAUGCGGGGCAGACAUCAUUGAGCGGCUUUUCCUGCCGACCAUCAAAGUAUUAUCGACGGAUCCGGUGGCGAACGUUCGAUUCAACGUGGCGAAAACUCUGCAGAAACUGUCGCCAUUCCUCGACCAGGCUGCCAUCGAUGAGCACGUUAAGCCGAUUCUGGAGAAACUGAACACCGAUACCGACGUUGACGUUAAAUACUUUGCCUCGGAGGCCAUGGUGAGCAGUGCAGCAGCCUAAUUGAUACGUUGACGCGUGGCUAUGAACAAAACAACAGGAGCGCCAUCAUAAUUGUUGGGCAGGAAUACGAUAGGCUAGUGGAGGGAGUUGUACAUCGCACUCGAUAACUAUUAUAAUGCAGUUAAUGAAUCGUGCAGCAUCAGACAAGAACUCCCGUCUCAUUUGGACAACUUUCAACAAACACUUUCAAAAGCGUAUGAUGUUGUUUUCAUAAAAAAACUACUUAAUCCAAUGUUGCACACAAUUAAACGCAGUUGUUUUAUGUGUAAACGUCGAUUAAAUGAUGGAACGACAUAAAUCCAUAGCGGCGACAUGUUGUUGUUUGUAGCAUCUGGCAGCAUUUUUGCUACUUUCCGUCACCGUAACACUUACUAGGUCUAUGCAUUAAGCUAUGUUCUCAUGAUUCUUUUAUUAUAAGAGCACACUAAUUACAAGAAACGGCUGCACGUAAGAGUUGGUCGUCAGGGUAGAACAGGAGCGACAAAUGGAAGAAAAUUCAUAUAACCAGGCGAAAGAUUGCUUCUGUACACACAAUAGACACGCUUCACUCUUUCUCGAUUUUCGUUUCGUAAAACAAUGCCUUUUCCUAAAACAUGUACUUCUCCAUUUUCCUUUAUAUCGCAAAAUGAUUGUUUUUCUUACUCUUCCUCAUCGAUUCACUCGCGAUCGGUCAUGAAGAAUCAUUGGUGCCUUCCUGCUGGUUUCGUCGUAGUGUUCGCAUUGCAUUUGAAACAAAAAACGGAAGAAACUUAUAUAGAUUCAUGAUUGCAAUUUAGUUUCACGUGAUUCUAAGACCACCAGAAACGCCAAAACACCAUCGAUCAGAGUCAAAGUCUUGAGCGAUUGUUGUGUAAAAUUUUGUAUUAUGUUGUAAAUUCUUUUGCAAUAUUCACAUUUCAAAAUCAGUUAUGGUAUUCUCUUUGAUAGUGCGAAUGCCAGCGGAGCAUUCGAAAAGAGCAACAACGCUGUUUGACUUUCGUGAUCUGCGAUGAACCGAUCGUUCAGGACAGUGGGAGAAAUUGGGAAACCAUCCUUUCGAUAUCUACAUUUACUUCUAAUUAUUUCCUCUAUCUAAGUUUAAACUAUACAUAUAAAUAAAUAUAAAUAAUAUAUAAUAUGGAGCAUCAAUUUGAAGGCGAAUGUUUGGAAUUAACAUAAGAAGAAAAACAAAACACAGGAGUAAACGCAUAUGAGAAAAACCUACGUUGUCGUGUAGUUGGGAGAAUAGUAAUAAAAUAAUCAGGA